CAAGCGUCUACACACUGAAGUCAAAGGCCGCCUGAAAACCGCUCGAAUGGCUUGGCGGAGAGGAUUAAAGCGAAACAAAAAUAUUCUCUUUUGAUGCUUUACGUUUACCCAAGCAACCCUGCAGUUCUACAAAUGGACCUCUACAGGCUCUUAGGUCGUGUUGAAGAUGAAGUAGCUGCUCCGUAAACAAGUUUUCCUGGAUAUUUUAGUCUUCGUUUCUUUGGACGUCUGUUGGUCUCUACACGGUUUUAACAAGCUAGCGCUAGCAGCAGUGACUGGUGAACUGGGUUUAGCUGCAAUGGUCUUCUCCAGCUUAUGCGGAUGUCUCCGGAAUUUAUAUUAAACCGACGGCGACAAAUGGGACCAUCCAGGAACUGUCGAAAGCACUGCGGCAUAGACUAAAUGUUAAACUUUCAGAUGACUAUUUAAACUCGAAUUAAGACGGAGGAUUGUGGGGACGCUACAGCAGCAGGUGUUUUUUUUUUUUCUUGUUGGAUUUUAGCCCACUGACAUUCUCCCACAGCCAUGGAAUCGACUGUCGAUGACGAUGCAAUGGCAGCGUGAAUGAAGCUUGGCGUGGGGAGAUCUGAACGAUGCCCAAAGGUGGGGGUUCUAAAACCCCCCAGCUGGACCACUUCCCACUCAACACCGACAUGGUGGAAAAGCAGGGUGGGAAAAAGGAUAAAGUGUUGACAAAUAAAACUCCCAAAUUGGAUCGCAGUGAUGGGGUCAAAGAGAUGAAAGAAAAGGCCCCUAAAAGGAAGCUACCCUUCACUGCCGGAGCAAAUGGAGACCAGAAAGAUUCUGACUCAGAGAAACCAGGUCCAGAGAGGAAGCGCAUUAAAAAGGAGCCCACUAACACCAGGAAGAGCUUGCCGUUCGGAAUGGGGAUGCCUGGGAUCCGGGCCGGGUACCCUGUGUCUGAGCGGCAGCAGGUGGCCUUGCUCAUGCAAAUGACAGCUGCGAAGACCGUCAACAGUCCAGACACAACACCAAAGCAUCAGUCACAGUCCUGUCUGGGCCAGAAGGGAACUCCAAACUCUGCAUCUAAAACCAAAGACAAAGUAAAUAAAAGAAAUGAGCGUGGAGAGACUCGACUGCACCGAGCAGCUAUCCGUGGAGAGGUGCGCCGCAUCAAGGAGCUCAUCAGUGAAGGAGCUGAUGUGAAUGUAAAAGACUUUGCAGGCUGGACAGCAUUGCAUGAAGCAUGCAACAGGGGAUAUUAUGAUGUGGCCAAACAGCUGCUGGCAGCCGGAGCUGAAGUCAACACAAAGGGUCUGGAUGAUGACACUCCUCUGCAUGAUGCAUCCAACAAUGGACAUUUCAAGGUUGUGAAACUACUUUUACGCUACGGAGCAGAUCCACGUCAAAGCAACAGGAGAGGUGAAACACCACUGAAGGUUGCCAGCUCUCCAACUAUGCUGAAUCUGUUACUAGGAAAAGGUACUUACACCUCAAGUGAAGAGAGUUCAUCAGAAUCUUCAGAGGAGGAAGACGCGCCCUCGUUUGCCCCUUCGAGCUCUGUAGAUGGCAAUAACACAGACUCAGAGUUUGAGAAGGGCCUGAAGCUUAAAGGGAAAGCUGCAGAUCCACCUAAAUCUGCUGUCACGCCUGUCAAAGAUGAAUACGAAUUCGACGAGGAUGAUGAGGAGGAGCGCGUCCCUCCUGUAGACGAUAAACACCUCUUGAAAAAAGACUUCCGAAAAGACUCUGUUAGCAAGACCAACAGCUUCAUCUCUAUACCCAAGAUGGAGGUUAAAACCUAUUCCAAAAGCAACACACUCACACCAAAGAAAACUGUCAGGCGGAUCAUCUCUGACAGUAACAGUUCGGACGAGGAUGACAGGACGUUGUGUUUCACACCAGCGCCCACGCCGCGGCAACAAGUCCAGCAAACAAACACCAAGACAAGAGACUCUGGCAGCAUGAGCUCUAAACAACAAAAAGACAAAAACAAAGUCAAAAAGAAGCGAAAGAAGGAGAGCAAAAAUAAUGUCAGUAAAGAAGUCAGAUUUGGAAAAGUUAACGACAAAUUCUGCACGUCUGACUCUGAUUGUGGAGAUUUGGAAAGCGAGGAUGACAAGGGCUCAAACAGCAUCAAGGACUCAUCUUCAAUGAACGUUAAAGAAUCUCCUUCCUUUAAUGCCUCGUCUUCCUCACAUGGAAACCUAAACUCUCAGAAACAGGCACCCUCGUUAGCGGAGCAGCAUCCAAAGCAGUGGAGAACAGAUGGCUGGAAGACGGUGUCGUCGCCUACGUGGUCGGACGUCAGUUCUCUUUCAGAUCCAGUCAGUGAGUCUGAGUACUCUGAUUCGAGUGUGGAGUCGGUAAAGCAGGUCAAGAGGAAAGCACAGGAGAACAAGAAAAAGAACAACAUUGUGCACAGUAACAUUGUUGACAAGAAAAACUCUGAUCUCUAUAAAAACUCUACUGCAGACAGUGCUGCCUCCAAAACUGAUAUGGAUGGAAAAGUGAUUAAGAAACAUAAAGUGAAGCACAAACAUAAAAACAAGGAAAAAGACAAUGCUCCGAGUGUUGUGCUCAAUCAGGACAUGAAUGAGAAAUUCGUCAAGAGCUACUCUUUUGACUUUGAUGAUUCAAGACAGAAAUCUCUAAUUGUUGAGUCCGAAUCAGCCAUUGAGGGCAAGAUCAAACUAUCUAAACACGACAAAGACCAUUCAAAAAAGGACGACAGGUUUUCGAAAGCAAAGUCUGAAGAUAAAGAUUGGUCAUCUGGAAAAGAUCUUCACAGAACAGCAAAGGAGGAGAAAAGCAAAAAGGCAAAAGAUAUUUCAAAGGAUAAGGCAAACAAAGAGGAAAGGGAGAAGCCUGCAAAAUCCGACAAGGAAAGAAAUUUCAAAGAAAAGGAGAAACCUAAGGAGGAUAAACAGAAGCCCCACAAAGAGGAGAAAAAGAAAAAGUCCAAGGAAAAAUCCUCCUCAAAGACAGACAGGAAGAGUGAACAGAAAGAAGAGAAGCAUCUCAAGGCGGAAAAAGAGAAAAACACCAAAGAAGAGAGGGAAAAAUGUAAAAAAGAUAAAACACUGAAAGAAGAGUCUGAUCAUGAAGGCUAUGACAUUAAUAACCGUUUCCUCAACCUAGAGGACACAAAGCUCAGUGCAUCAGAUGAUCAUCAUGAUAGGUGGGGCUCUGAGAUGUCUUCUGGUUCCUCCCUAUAUGGAGAUGACAGCUGGGAUGUACCCAUUAAAGAAGUCAAGGAAUAUAAAUCCAACAAUACAGUUAAGCUAAUUGUGGAGACUGUUAAAGAAGAAACAAGGAGAAAAGAAAACAAAGUAAAGGACAAGAAGUCAGAGCACAAUGACAAAAGAUCAGAGAAAGAAGUAACAUCAAAGAAAAAAGAAAAAGACUCAUCAGAAAAGACAAAUGAGAAGAAAAAAGACUGGCUAGAAAAGCAAAAACUGAACUCCAGCCACUCGCUCGAAAAAGACAAGAAGAGGAAGGAGUCCACAGACACAGUGAAAGACAAAAAAGACAAGGACUCACUGGAGAGCAGUCGUGAUCGUAAAGACUCGUAUGAUAGUGUAAAAGAAAGAAAAGACCAGAAAAUUAAGCAGGAAUCUAUAGGAGAUGAAUACGGCAAUGACGCCUUCUUUAAAGACAUGGAUACUGUCAGAGACAGAAACCAUUCUGGAAAGGAGAAAGAAAAGAAAGGAGAAGCAACAGAGAAACGGGAAAAGACAAAAACCGACAAGCACAAAGACAAAACGAAAGACAAAGGAGCUGACCACGAGAAGGAGAAGAGUGAGCGAAGCUCCACUGAGAAAACUGUCAAGGAAAAAGACGAAGACCGGGGCACCAAAGACAAAAAGGAGGGAUCCAAAGACAAACACAAAGACUCUCAUGUCAAAGAGAAAGAUCGAAAGUUGUCCUCAGAACAGACCAAGGACAAGAAAGAGAAGUCCUCUCAAGAUAAACAUACUGACAGGGAGAAGGAUUUUUCAGAAGUCAAGAAAGAAGAGAGAAAACCUGAGAAGAUCAGAGAAAGAUCAUGGUACAAGAUUGCUGACAUUUUUACAGAUGAAAGUGACGACGACGAGGAUAGCUACAGCAGCACGGUCAUUGUUGGGUCGGGUUCCAUCAGAAAAGACUUGACACCCGAUCAGGAUGAGAUGGAUCACUUCCACUCUGAAAAGCUGAGAAAAUCUUCUGCGGACACCAAACACAACACAGAAAAGGCAAAAGACAAAGACCAUAAAGAGAAGAAAAAAGACAAGGCUACAUUUGACACGGGGAAAGAGAGGAAAGGCUCCCUGGAAAAACACAACAAAGACAAAAAAGAUUCAGUCGAUGGAAAAUAUAAGGAAAGGAAAGAUAGAAUGUCAAUGGACUCUAACCAGGAAAAGAAAAACAAGCAAAAGCUGAUGGACAAAAGGGACACAAGUGAGGAAAAGACAAAGAGCAAAUAUAAAGAUAAGCAAGACCAUUCAAAGGAGAGAAAACCCUCUAAGGGCAGUGGUGAGAGUGAAAAGUCCAUGUUGGAAAAACUAGAGGAGGAGGCUAUGAAUGACUACAAAGAUGACUCCAACGACAAGAACAGCGACAUCUCCUCAGAUAGUUUUACUGAUCGAGGCCAUGAGCCAGUGCUCACCAGUUACUACGACUCGCUGAACCUGACUGAUAUCUCUGAGGACAGGAGAGAUUCUCUGUCCAUAACCACACCACAGGAUCGGUUCAGAGACAAAGAGAGACUCCGGCAUUCCUCAUCUUCCUCGUCAAAGAAGAGCCAUGACAAGGAGAAAGAAAAGGUCAAGAAAGACAAAGGAGAUAAACGUGACAAAACUGGGGAGAACCGAGAGUCCUAUAGCCGCAGAGAGAGUCUACCCUUUGAGAAGGAGCCCAUGCCUCUGGAGGCUGACCCUUACACAUUCCCGUUCGGAGGCAAGGGAGAUGGUGAUGACGACUUUGAUAAAACUUUGGAAUUCGAAAAAGAGAUGUCUAAAAAGGACAAAGAGAAAUCAACUGGUAUGAUUGGUGACAGAAUGAAGGACAAAAAGAAAAAGGAGAAACAUAAAGAUAAAGUAAAGGAGGAAAAGAAUAAGUAUAUGGAUGGCUUUGGAUCAUUUAAGCACUCCAGAGAGGAUGUGAAGUCUGGUUUGAAAGAUAGCCCUCAGCUCACGGUUCUGAAAGAAAGAUCAAAGGAGCAAAGUCCCAAAUUUGAUCUCAAAAAGGACAGAAAUCGGGACAUAUUGGAGAAGGACAACAGAAUGGACCACAGUAAAUCUAAAGCUAAGGAUGAAAAUGAAAAACUCCCACAGUCCAAAGAGCCAGUGCGUAAAGACAUUCGUCCACGUGAAAAGCUGUUGGUGGAUGAUGAUUUUCAAAUGACAAGUUUUGGUCAGAUGCUGAGUCUUAGAGAUCAGGAGGUAAGAGCCUGCAUCAAGAAGCAAAAGGAGAAAAUGAAACAGAUGGAGAGGUUGAGGCCCAAAACAGGGGACCCAAAACUUAAAGACAAAGCAAAGUCCACAGAGGAAGUAAAGAAAAAUCGCAAUGAACUAUCUACAAAGAAAUCAAACAGCCUGGAAUCGGGUCUGAAAGAGAAAAAGCUAAAGGAUGUGGGCCUCCCUGCUCAGAUGAUGUCUCCGGGGAGGAAGUUCCAGCCUACCGACAGUCAGAGCUCAAAGGACUGGAUGACUGGGCACCAAAUGAAGGAGAACCUCCCUGCUUCCCCCAGACCAGAUCAAACCAGGCCAACCGGGGUCCCCACACCAACAUCUGUAAUUUCCUGCCCCAGCUUUGAGGAAGUGAUGCAGACUCCACGCACCCCGUCUUGCAGUCCAGAAGAUUACCCUGACAUCAUGCUGGAUGGACUAGACUGCCAGAAUUCAUCAGCCAUGUUAAAUUCAAUGAAUGCCUGCUCUCCAACAUUUUUUGAAAGCAGGUACUCUAAUUCCCAGAGUUUCCAGGAGGGAACUUGUCCUACUCCGGCAAAGAACCUCCAGCUACCACUUGUCAGCCGCUCGGCGUCAUCUAAUGUCCGCAGACCUCUGGAAAAUGACUUCAAAUCUGAGUCUGACAAGUUUCUCCGGCAGCAGAACGAUCCUGCAGCUGAAUACGAUCAAACCUCUUCUGCUCAACCUCUUGACGACAAGCCAAUAACUGUGAAUAGACUGGAAUGUUUGCCGUCAUCCUAUUUCUCUCCAAUGAGCAUACUCUCUCCUCGGCGGGAGUCAGGCCAUCUGACAUCAGAUGGGGUGUCUGCAACUCUUGCUCUCACAGAGGGCCAUGAACACCUUCCUGAGAGCGUCUACAACAGUUUCUUGCCCAAACCGUCCACACCUGUCCACCGACCAGAUCCCCAGGAGCCGUGCUUUGACAUCGCUGCACCACCAACGCCCGCUCCUGCUGCUUUACCUUCUUUGGAUAUCGAUGAUAACUCGGAACCUCACCACAGUGAACCGAAUCUGGUUCACUCAGAUCUUCCCUGCAUUAUGGAAGAACAUCGGGCACAGGAAGUGGAAGAUGAAGAAGAAGAUGACGAAGAAGAGGAAGAAACUGAUAUGAUUAACAGGCAUGAUGGAGUCCACUCUGUGAUGGAAGAGCAAGAACCAACAAGAGAUCCAUGUUCUUUCUCCCCUCAAGUUGAGGACCAUCUGAGGAAGAGCUGGCCUGCAGAGUCUCCAGACCGACAGGAAGCUGACAUCCAACAGUUGUCCCCAGUGCAGUCUGCGCUGAACGAUGGAGAAAGCUGCUUUGAUCACAGUAUGGGUUGGAAUGCCGACAUGGACCUCAAAUCUAAUCAUGGGGAGAUUGAAGCUGCCGUCUCGAAAAUAACUAGCCCUUACUCCCACUCUGAGAAUGAUCUUCCCCCCUUGUCUGGACACACCUCGGUCAGCUAUGAGACUUGGAAUAGGUGGGAUACAGAGGACACAGAGGAUUUGGAAGAGCAGAAAGAUGCUGUUGCUGAAAUCCCGUCCCCAGAGAGGCCUGACACAGUUCUGGAUGAGGAACCCAACUAUUUAAAUACCUUAUCGUCCUCCAACAGGCUGGAGUCUUUCUUCCAGGACAAGCCGAUUAUUGAAAACGGGCACCAGUUAGUUACGGAGCCCACAUGUGUGGACCCAGACAGCAGACAAAGCACACACAGCUUCAGUGCUACCCCUGAAGAUCACAUCCCUCCACCAGUGGUCCCGGAACCGGUGGUGCGAUGGGCCGAUUCAUUCACACCUGAUCCAGAUGAGUUGGAUGAUCUAGGUCCGUUUUCUUUACCCGUCCUGCCACUACCAGACAAGUCAGAGGAAGCCGAGGCACGAGAUCAUGAACUGACUGACCACAACAAGACAGUGUCGGCUCACAUCAGACACAAUAUCCCAGACAGAGAUGAUCCAGACAUAAUGGAGGUAGGCCUACCACCUCUGUCAAAGACCCCGUGCCCCUCUGGAGACCUUGUUUUAGAGGAAUCUGCUCAACAAGACUUUGUGGUGCCGUCUCCACCCACCAACUUCCAGCAUGAGAUGGAUCCAGAGCCUCAAAGUGUGCCUACCAAUGGCGUGCUGUCUCUUAACCAGCCACAUGCUGGGGUUUUAGAAAGACAGAUCCCAUAUGGCAUUCAUGAGGAGUCCGAUUCCGUUAUGUUGUAUUCACCUGCAGAUUCAAAUGCCAGUCAGCACCAUCAUGUACAAAUCCACUCCCUCCCAGAGUCACUGCAAUUACCGCUGGAGUCGGAGUCUUCUGCAAAGCCAGAAGAGAGGAAUAGGGACAUGUGUGAUACUGUAGCAGACUCUGUGUUGUGCAGUCCUCACCUCUCAGUGGCAGUAACUCUCCCCAGCACAGUGGAGCCUUCAGACACUCAGGAACCCCUAUCUAAGCUAUCGCCAGUCCCCCCCACACCUGUACCCAUCCCUGUAGAUAUCACCAAGAAGAUGGAGGAAAUCCCUCAAAGAGUUACCCGAUAUCGCGCCAAGAACAAUGCCACUGCUGCCCCUGCUGCAUCCACCGUAACUAACUCCUCAGCUGCUGCCACCGCUGCGAACACCAGUUUAGUGGUAAGCAGCAACCCAAUCCCAACAAGAACGCCAACACCCAACUCUGUGUCUUCCUCACCUGCUCAGAAGAAAGAAAAAGACUCUGGGAUCAGUGCUUCUACUGAUGCAUCUCAUUCAACCACUACAGUGUCUGUCCCAACUUCUACAAUAGUGGUUUCCACUAAAACCACAAAAGGUCGUCCGGUCGCCAUGGAUGAAGAGGACUCCCAGACCCAGCAUCCACGGAAAAGAAAAUUCCCUCGUUCUUCCGGGCAGCAAGUCCAGGUUCAGCUCGUGAACACGGCAAUGCAGCAGACAAGAGAGAUGAUCCAGCAGACCUUAGCCGUCGUCGUCAAUGCCAUCAAACUAGAUGAGAUCGAGCCCUACCAUAGUGACCGGUCCAACCCUUACUUUGAAUACCUGCAGAUAAGGAAGAAGAUUGAAGAGAAGAGGAAGAUUCUGUGCUACAUCACCCCUCAGGCCCCACAAUGUUACGCUGAGUAUGUGACCUACACCGGCUCCUACCUGCUGGACGGGAAACCCCUCAGCAAGCUUCACAUCCCUGUGAUUGCCCCACCCCCAUCACUGUCAGAACCAUUGAGGGAGCUCUUCAGGCAACAGGAGGCAGUAAGAGGAAAGCUCAGGUUGCAGCACAGCAUAGAGCGGGAGAAACUGAUAGUUUCAUGUGAACAGGAGGUUUUAAGGGUCCACUGCAGAGCAGCAAGGACAAUAGCCAAUCAGGCUGUGCCAUUCAGUGCCUGUACUAUGCUGUUGGACUCUGAAGUGUACAACAUGCCAUCUGAAAAUCAGGGUGAUGAAAACAAAUCUGUUAGAGAUCGCUUCAAUGCACGUCAGUUUAUUUCCUGGAUCCAGGAUGUCGACGAUAAAUACGACCGCAUGAAGACAUGUCUGUUGAUGCGCCAGCAGCACGAGGCGGCAGCCCUCAAUGCGGUGCAGAGGAUGGAGUGGCAGUUAAAGGUUCAGGAGCUGGAUCCUGCCGGGCACAAAUCCCUCUGCGUCAACGAAGUGCCGUCCUUCUACGUACCGAUGGUGGACGUCAAUGAUGACUUCGUCCUCCUGCCUGUGUGACACACCAGUGCGCUGAGAUCGAGACACGAUUCCAUCCAAGUCACUUCUUUAAGAGACUUCGUCGAAGCGAACAAAUGGAAAGGGCUAUCAAGUUAGAAAGAGGAGUUUCUACAGGAAAAACUAUAUUCUUUAGAAAAGGGGUAAAGUUGAGAAACUUGCUUCUGAUUCCCUUCCAUGAAGACGGAAACUUUUUACUGGAGGAAAAGAAAAAUACACAACUUGCACUUUCAUCCUCUAAGUUUUUACGUUUUAGUUUGAUCAGAGUGUGAGAAGCAGAAACAGUUUUUGCUUUGAGGCUCUGACACCGGGACACAUCUCCUUAGUGCUCAGUUAUGGUGAGAUGGGGGGGACAGAGAUUUAUUUUCUGUUUUGUUUUUGCCCCCUGAUUCAAUACCCAUCACCACUGGGAGAAUGUAUCAGAGAGGAGCUCUCCCAGCAGCCUGGAGCUCAUCCAGAGGGAGACCCGCGGAGAACCCUCCUCUGUUGACGCAGCGCUCUCGGUGGGCUGGAGAUCCAGACUGAGGUCAGCGCCAACCCAGAUGGAGGAAAAGGAGCCCCAGCACUUCACAUGGAUCUUCAACAGCUCCAGGAAGCUACAGCCAGCUACUGGUGGUUUUUCCCCACUCUGCAGAACAGCUAAGUGAUAGAGUAAGAAAGCUGAAGCAGUGUAACGAUGUGUGAGCAUGCCAGUACCCAGAGUCUGAGAGGAAGACUGACCUUGCAGCCUCUUAGCCUGGCUAAACCGAACAGCAGAGCGCAGAUCCCUGAGGACAGUGUCCCCCAGAGGGUCCGCUUGCUCCGACACGAACACACCAGACCGCCAUGGACUGCAAAAACACCACAGGACAACCAGAACAAACAAACCUAACGAAUGUUGAUUCUCAAAGAGACUGUUGAGAUAUUGUGGUUUGGCAGGAGAAGAGAAAUAUUGUUUGUUUUUGUCUAUUUCUUUACUUGGGCAUUUCAUUGUUUCUGAGGAAGUGACUUGAAACACUACAGAGCCAAUAUUAGUUUAAUGGAAAAAAAACAACAAAAUAAAACAGAAAAAAAGUUGUAUUCCGUAAAUUAUGUACAGUUUUUAUAUUCGUUAACCAAUGUAUUCUUGCUGCCUUCUAGAUAAUUUAUUUUGCCACACAUUACUGCACAGUUGUAAAUAACCUAUGUACUGUAAUAUCACUCAGUUACAUGUAAAGAGAGAAAAAAAAAGAAAAGAAAUAAAAAAUUAUCUUUUUAUGUACAGUUCACUUAUGGGCAGCACUUUUCCCCUCUCAUAUCCAAUGGGCCAAAUUGUGUACACAGUUCUGUCAGUAUUUGAAAGACUCAUCUGUCAGCUCGCCUGGAUGAGAGUCACCUCAGCGCAACAGGCUGGCUGAUACCAAUUCUGGAUUAUUCGGGCCUGCCGCAGGCCCACCACCAUACAGCCCCUCAGAUGUAGCAGAAUAGAUAUUAAGGAUUUAUUUAAAGAUUAAACAGAGGAUUAUUAUUCAUUGCUUUACUACACAAUUAUAUCAGAAAAUUUUUUAACCAAGAAAAUGCCUUUUUUCAGUGGAAAAAAAAACAACUCGUUGGGCAAAGCCACAUAGUUAUAUAUGGUUGAAAGAGAGAUGUCAUUCACAAGUAAAACAAUUAUGUGUCGUCAUUUUUCUUUUGCUGGAUUGUUUUUAACUUCUAGAUUUGGGAAUCUGUUUUUUUUUAACCAUCAUAAAGCAUAAGAACACGGGUCUUUCAGCUCUUUGCUUCUCAUCUGAUCUUCACACCCUGUAGAGUUGUCUAAGCCACUGAAAGGACUCCAAGCAUAUCCGUCAAGCCCAUCUGCCCUUUUCCUCCCAUAUUGGUGCUCUACCAGCUGUACUCACCAGGUGGCGCCAAAAUAUCUAACCUUAUUUGGUUUCGCACGAGCCCCGUCACUGUUCGUUUAAGGUGGUGUUUUUAAAUAGAUUUGAAUUUUAUUACAACCCAUAGGAAGAUAAAUUUCCCACAUAGGAUUUCAGUGUGACAGUUUGUGAGUUUAUGAAACGAUAAGGGGUUAAUUAGACAUUUAGCACCAUUAAAGUCACAGUUAUUGUGUUUUUCCAGCGUGGAAUCAACAUGGGGAUUGUCAGGGAUUUUAAUUGUUAGCUUACUUCCUCGUAUUGUUCAUGUGUGUGGAGGCGUUUUGCCGUUUCCUGUCAGGCCCAAGCUAUGACAGCUAUGAGACUUAAACCUUAGAAUAAACCAAAAAAAAAAAAAAAAGUCAGAUAUUAACAGGCACUGUGGUGGGGGGAAGAAAGAGCAUAAAGCAAAUCAGACAGUUUUUUGUUUUUUUUAAAUAAUAAAACUCCCAUAAAAUGUUCGUUUGUAUUGAUCCCUACUUUUAGUGGUUUUGAAAAGCUUUCCUGACCCAACACAUAGGCUGCCUGCUUAUCUGUGUGUGAGAGCUGCUUCUGUAUCCUGAUGGCAAUAUUAUCCGAAACUAAUAUUUUCCCACACUGUCGCAUUGAACACAGCUGUGUAUGGUAUGUCUAGUCAAGUGCAAUGGUUGUUGCUAUUACACUGUGCAGACAAGAUGGCUUACAUGUAUGGCUCAGACUCACCCUGGUUGGUAAAACAAACAUGUUUGCAGACAAAUAGCCAGUUGCUUGUGUUUUGUCUUAUUUUAUUUUAUCGUCCGGGUUCUUCAGCUUUGGGGAUGAAGGUGUGUUUGUUCAAAGUCUUUGUGUAUGUGUGGUUUUUCUUUAUUUUUAGAAAAUUGUUUGUGGGUUUUGAAUGUUGUUUAUCUUGUGCUUUUUUUGGUUCGUUUGUUUUCUCUUUUUUUUUUUUCUAGUUCCCAGCAUGUCAAUCACAUUGCUUAUUGAGCAGAAUGUAAACCCCUCCCAAAAACUACACCCCCAAUCGAGCCCACCCCCAAAAUCUCACUAUUGUUUACAAGACAUCAGAGAGCGUUUCCGUUUAACCCCAGUUUGUUCUAAAACGGUUUGAGCCCCGCCUUUCGCUGUGCUUGUGUGAUCAGUCAUUUCUUAGAAUCACAAAGGCUUGAAAUGGUGAUCGCUGACACGUCAGACAGGCGAACCCCGCCCCCGCCGCCGCCGCACAUAGCAAUAGACUUGACGCGUCCGCACAUGUUGAUUCUCCGGUGUGAACAUUAAACAAUUCGAGACUCAGUCCUCAGAUGCACAGUAGAGCACUUGGCCAUGGUGAUAACAGAUGCUAGCCUCAGUCAGCAACAUAUUACCUCUACUCUCCUCACAUUCACUCAUAAUGUUUAUUCUAGGUUUGAUUAUUUCUUACUGGACAUACGUAGACAUAAAGGCUAUUUUUUUCAUUGUAUAAAAUCACAAUUUCAAGCCUUUUUUGGUUGUUUUGUUUUUUUUAUUAUUAUUAUUAUUAUUAUUAAUAAUUAAAACCCAGACUGUAGCCGUUUGUUCCUUUAUUUUUAGAAUGGAAAAUGACUAAUAAAAAGCAUGGAGAACUACUCUUAAAAUGGUGAGAAUUAAACUAUUUAUUGUUUUCUUUUUGUGUUAUUUUUUUUCUGACACCUGUGGUAUUUUUUUUUAAGUUGGUCUCCGCUGUGUAAAUUUUCCUCCUUGUAAUGCGUGAAAGAGACAUACUGUACAUAGCUCUGUAAAUAAAACCUCCCAGGACGUUUUGCACCCUCCUCUUUGUACUAGUCUGAAAAAAUUGUGUAGAAUGUGGGGUUCUAACAGCAACGAGCUGUGUGCGCUCGCUGCAGGUGAUUAUGAUGUAACAAUGUAACUAUUUUCUUUUUUUUAUUUGUACAAUGUAGUUUAUUUGUGUACAUAUUGUUGGAGCAGCUAAAGGGGUUUUUGAGGGUGGUCUACGAGAGGGUUGUUGAUGCUAUCAUCAGUGCUGUAACAGAACUUUCAGUACUUUCACCUCCAGCUGUUGUUGAUUUCCUGCAAAAAAAAACAAAGCGAAGAAAAAAGGCAAAAAAAAAAAAAAACAUUUUAAAUGAGAGAAAAUGAACAUGAGUGUAGGAUGGGGGGGUUGGGGUUAAAACUGAAAGGCAAAAAUUCUAAAUUGUUAUUUUCUACCGUUGCAUGUACAGAGAGCGCGAGAACUGCUGUUGUUCCUCAGAGAUUAUGUUCGUUAAUAAAAUUUUGAAAUAUUA